AACAACACGCGACUGGACGAACUCCAAGCGAAGUCCAGGGUCGUCUGCCUCGUCAGUGACCGAGUCGCGCGCCGGAGAAGUCGGCGCCCAGUCAGCGAGUCUGCGGAAGGGGCCCCCCUCUUCUUCGGGGCAACGAUUAUCCGCGGCCAGAGCAUGAGCCCAACCGGAGCCCUCGCGCUCUUGCUUGGGCUGUCCGCAGUCCAGGUGUCCUGGGCUAGGACUCCCAUGUGCGGUCAGGCGGAACCCUGGACCGUCUCCGGGGGUUACAACCCCGUCAUGGCAGCCAGAGGCAACAUCACCCUGGUGGCGCUCUUGAAGGCUACCUGACCUUUCUGCCUGCAGCAGGCUUCCAGGUGAACGCUUUGUUUUGUAAGACUAAGAUCCGCAAAAAUAAAAUGGCAUCUCUAUAGUCGGAAUGCAGGUUCGCAAUGCGCCAAAUAAACAUUAGCACGAACCAUGUCGAAGCAUCUAAUCGCUCCGCAGACCAACCAAAAAUAUCACUAGCCAUGACGAGUUAUGUGACGUCAGUUCGUCAUGCUCCUCAGCAGCGCAUUUUUCGCCCAUGACAAAGAAACAGUGGCUGGCGGCAAUGAGAAUUAGGAAAAAGCUUCUGGAAAAGUUCUAAACACGUAGCUAACUGCAGAUGAUGUCCAGGGUUCACUGUAUGUCGAGAAAGUAGUUGCCCCAAACACUUCGGUCGAGGAAAUGGGCUGAAUGCAUUCAUCAAACUAUCUUCGCCUGAACCACGAACACUUUAUUGUUUCCUAAAAAAACUUUAAUUUCUAAAGAAAAAUUACGAAAUGUCCCACAAUGGUGCCCAACUUUAAUAAUGGUCAUGAUAGUGCUUGUCAGAAGGAAAGUCGCUGAAUACAAGAAGAGUAACGCCAAGCUCCCAUUAUGGUUGCCAUUUUGGCCGAUUGAAUAAGUAUUUUCUCCUUCACCUCUCCAUCGGUGAGCCGAUCCGAAUUCCCGCUGACAAAUUUCUUUAUUAAGAAAUUGUAUACACCGACUGUUAUCAACACACGCAGGCAAAGCAAGUGCAGAUCUUCGCACCGCCACCAUAUGCGGAGUCGAUAGUUGGCGGCAUGAAGAGUAUACUUUCAUGUCAAGACAUAUACAAGGACAAUGUUAUUUUUAAAGAUCUGCGGAGAACAGCAUUAUUUAUAACUUGAUUACAUCCAUAGCGCCUUAGAGCUUAUAUUGGCUUGGAACGCUUUCAGUGAGAUGACUCUCCAUAACGAUCUUAGCACGGCGGGUUCAGGAUGAUGCAUUCGCAGUUUCGAGGAUUUCAAGGAAUCAAAAUGGGGAUGGCCGUGGCAAAAGAUUCCGAUCACCCCAUUAUCUUACGAGGUUUUGGUUGUCUCCACGUUUCUAACUGUUUGUGUCCUGCCAUCAGGCAGGGAAGACAAUGGCGCCACUUUCCCAAGACCCUUUGAUUUUAGUGCGAACCAUCGGAGCCCCAAAAAUCCUGAUUUAUGACGUUUCAAACACUCAGCCUGGAAGCGCUGCUGCUGAAGCUGAGGGCCAGGAACCUGAGCGACGUCCAGUUCCUGGUUGUCAACUCGCUGGACUCUGCAGCAGAGGUCCGGCAGUUAGAAAGGAGAGUGUCCUUCCCCGUCUACCAAGAGACGGCCGACGAACCCGUGUGGAGCGUUCUCGAGGGUGAUAAGGACGACGUCUUUAUCUACGACAGAUGUGGUCGCCUCUCCUACUUCAUCCCCUUCCCGCUGAGCGUGACGCUACCCGGCCGUCACCCGGUGGUCGAGGAAGCCCUCAACACUACGUACUACGCCAGCCCCUGCGGCGACUUCUGCCCGCAGGACCCAAGCGCCACUCCGCAUAGAAGCUCGCCGCAUGAACAUCAACAGCAGCGGAUACCAGGGGAAAUCGCAGUCCAAGACGGAGGCGAGCCAGGGACCACAGUCAGCCCUCCGACCACUCCUUCCGAGGGUCUUGGUUGGAGAGUCAUCCACAUGGUCUUCGGGGACGGCCACCAAGGCCAGGUUGACUCUCACACACCUAGUCAUGCUCGAGAAGGCGGAGUGACUACGGGCGCCCCCCACGACCACCAGGAAAGACAGCCGACGCCCAUGGAAUGUGUGUCCAUCAACAAGGCCAUCUGCUUUGACUGGCCCAAGGAGCGAAUCCGCCACGUGGAAAGCUGCUGCAACCACACCGUUCGGUCCAGGAGCUAUCACUUCCGCCACUCGUGCCGGCGGCUGACGCGGCGACAAUGCAAGAAACUCCACCACGUCUUUUCGUGCUGCAAGCGCCUGCACGAGGCCCUGGAUCGACAGAUCUCCCAAGAGUACGAAGGCGUCCAGACUUUGCUUGACGAGCAACUGGUGGCCGAAAACGACAGCUCCCGUGCCGUGACGGUCGAGGGGGCCGCUAACGUCUGAUGAUCGUAGCUUCUUGCAGCUGUAAACUAGCUGCAAGAAGAACUCAAAUUUCUUGAAAUCGAAAGGGCUGGAGUGCCGAGUUAAUGAGUAUGUCGCUUAUAUUUUGUGUGAGAUCGCUUAAUCUUAGAAGUAUAUUGCCAAUAGAAUGUUUGGGCCUUAUUCGAACAUAGUCAUAAUUGUUUUUGGUUUCCUUCUCAAUUUAGGUGUUUUUUUUUCUUUUUUUUUUUUUUCUUUUUAAAUUUUGAGGCACAUCUGCGAAGAUCGCUGCUCUGGAAAUAUAUCUAAAAUCAAUAUUAUACAAUAUUAAAAAAAUCCCAUAUCUAAAUACGCACGGAAAAUGAACCAAACUCGCAUUCGCCAUUGUUUUGCAGUAAUCACCCGUUUUUUCAAAAUCACAAAUGUUUUUUGUUGGGUUUGUUUCUUAGUUUCCCAGUAUCGAAAGUUUUUUUCUCACUGAACAGUAGCUGGCUGGCCUAUAGCUCUUAUCACUGAACAAUUUUCUUAUCUAGCCUUGAAAGUGUGGCCUAAAAUACUUUAGGAAAAAGACAGGUACACAUCCUUUGAACGUGUCUAAAUGUACUUUUCAAACGCUAAAGGAUCGUUCUCGCUUCAUGAAAUGUUCACAUAAUCUACGCGCAAGUAAGCAAUACAUGACAACUCACUCCAACCCGUCGACUGCGUGUAAAACCUUCGCUCGAUAUUGAUGACCCCUUGCGAGACAAACCGCGCCGCGAAACUCCGAGGGUGAUGUGUCUCGAGCUGGUGGAACACGAACAGCUUUAAACUUGACCAAAAGUGUCGAACAAAAACAAAAAGCACAUUAAAAUGUAAAGUUAGCAAAUACGGCCCGUUGUUACACAAUAUAAUUACUCUAUCGGUGUAUGCUAAAAAUAAAGAAUUAAUAUUGCUUCGUUCACUCAAGUCUCAUAAAUUCCGCAAAAGUAUUAUUUAUAAUAAAAUAAACUUUCUAUAAAACUUUAAAAAAAUGAGAACUUUUAGCAAGUUUAUCUUGCGCACAAAAAAAAUAUAUAAAAAGAUAAAUAAGGGUGGAAUUGUUGCUCCGGGAUGAGAGUAUUUGUUGAGAUUCAUGUAUGAAAACUGUAAACUAAAAACGUGCAAAUGUUUGCACAAAGUUUACCUGUUGGAUGUAAGAAUUAUCUCGAGUACUGUUGUUUCGGUUUGAAUUCUACUGCAAAUAAAAACAAAAUAAAACGUUUAAAAUCUCUCAAA